UUUUAAUGUAAAGAGACUUCAAUUUGAUGUUAUAAAAAAUGGCAAUGCAUCAACGUCGAGAUCCAUCGUUAUCACGGAAAAAGAUUCAGGUGUCGUAUAUCAUUCGUGAUAAAGUGGAAAUGCUGAAUCGCUCUGGUAUUAAUGCUCUACAAUAUGAUCCUGUUGCAAAUCGUUUAUUCACUGCUGGAAGAGAUUCAAUUAUCAGAAUGUGGGAUUGUGAGUCUGCUCAAAAAGAAAUGGAUAAUUCUAAAAAACAUGGAAAAAUGAACAGAGGUUCUUAUGAAGCAUCAAUGGAACAUCACACUGACUGGGUAAAUGAUAUUGUACUUUGUUGCAACAACCGAACUUUGAUUUCUGCAUCUUCUGACACAACUGUAAAGGUUUGGAACGCCCAUCGAGGGUAUUGUAUGUCUACAUUACGUACACAUAAGGAUUAUGUGAGAGCAUUAGCAUAUGCAAGACAUCGCGAACAUGUCGCGAGUGCUGGCCUCGACAGACAAAUAUUUAUAUGGGAUGUUAAUACAUUAACAGCUCUUACUACAGCUCGGAAUACUGUUACAACAUCGAAUGUGAAUGGUUGUAAGCAGUCAAUAUACAGCUUAGCAAUGAAUGCUGCAGGGACUGUUAUGGUGGCAGGUUCGACAGAAAGAGUUCUUCGAGUCUGGGACCCGCGUACUUGUGACAAAAAAAUGAAAUUAAAAGGACAUACAGAUAAUGUUAAAGCACUUUUGGUGAAUAGAGAUGGUACACAAGUAUUAUCUGGUAGCUCAGAUGGCACAAUUCGUCUGUGGUCUCUCGGGCAACAGAGAUGUAUUCUUACAAUGCAUAUACACAGUGAGGGAGUGUGGGCUCUCGCUGCUGCGGAAGGUGACAAUGCUUCAUCUUUCACCAAAAUUUAUUCAUCUGGGAGAGACAGAAGGGUUGUGUGCACUGAUUUAUGUGAUCCAGAUGCCUCGAAAUACGUCGUUUGUGAAGAAAAUGCUCCUGUGUUGAAACUACUGGUGAAUUCUCGAGAAAAUACGAAUGAGAUUUUUGUCGCAACAACUAGUUCCGCAGUCAAUGUUUGGCCAUUGAAGGGGCAAUCAGAUAUAAAUGGAGCUUCCACAGGUGGAUCAUUUGAUGAGGUGAUGUCUGAAGAGGAGUUUUUGACUACAACACAGCCCGAGUUUACGCAACCUUCAUAUACAUUCCCUGGUGAAGCAAGUAUUUUUCAUUACAAAAUAUUAUCAGAUAAAAGACAUAUAUUGACAAAAGACACUGACAAUAAUAUAGCAUUAUGGGAUGUACUCAUUGCAAGAAAAUUAGAAGACCUUGCGGAAAAAGACUUUGAAGCAGAAGUUAAAAAAAGAGAAAAAAUGCUUUAUGUUCCAAAUUGGUUUAGUGUCGAUUUAAAACUCGGCAUGUUGAGUAUACAUUUAGAAGAACCAGACUGUUUUUCUGCCUGGGUUACAGCAAAAGAUGUAACGGGAUUUGAAAAUUCAGAUCCCAGUACCAAGCUUAAUUAUGGCGGUUUGUUGCUGCAGGCAUUGCUGGAACAUUGGCCAAGUACACAUUUACACAUAGAAGACACGUCGGAAAAUGACAGUGAUGAGAAGAAUGAUAGAGAAGGUGAACGUUCACCGAGCCACAAACAAAGACCUCAUAAAAUUAUUAAGGGAAAUAGAUAUUUUUCAGUCCCUGGCCACACUCCAGUAAUAUUUAGUGAAGUAGGUGGUCGUACAUUGUUUCGCUUACUCUGUCGAGAUGCUGCAGGGGAAUCGGAGUCCAUGUUAUUGCGAGACACUGUUCCACAGUGGGUAGUUGAUACUGCUGUUGAGAAAAAGAUACCCACUAAGUUUGUUAAAAUUCCAUUUUAUUUGCAUCCGCAUCCCAACUCAUCAAUAAAAAAUCUCAAAAAGGAUAGAUUGUCUGCAAGUGACAUGCUCUCAAUACGUAAAGUAAUGGAGCAUGUAUAUGAGAAAGUCUUAUGUCUGGAAGAGGAUUCAACUCAAACAUCAUCAAGCACGCCGACAGCAUCUCCAACUGCAAAUGCAGAUAAACAUGAUACUUCAAGCAAUAGUAAGAAGUCUACCCCAACUGGUAACACUGAUGCUGCUAAGACUGAUAUAGAUAAAUCAUCUGUGAUUAUGGACAAAGUUGUGCUGUUAUGCCAGGAGCAAGUUCUCGAUCCAUCAUUAGAUCUGCGUACUGUGAAACAUUUGAUUUGGAAAUCAAGCAGUGAUAUGAUUUUGCAUUAUAAGCUUCAACCUAUUCCAUAACACCCAUUUGCAGUAGAAAUUUAAUUUAUUUCACUUCCAUACAUUUUCAUUACUUUUCUUAUAUUUUAUUUACAUUGUGCUAGUGACAGGGAAAUCCAAGAAAAGCUAUAAAAUAAUGGCCUUUAUAUGACAAUGGACCAGUGUUCCCUUCCAAGCCUUCAAUUUUCGGUGCUUAUUAUCAUUAUUACUAAAUCCUGAAGAUGAGAUGUAAAUUCAGGAAUUAUAAUAUUCGGAUAAUACUAGUAAAUUAUCUACGGCAUAGAUUCGUGUUUUGAGUACAGUCCUUCUCGACCCAUGGCCAAUACCGCAUGAUGAUUUCUGCUUUAUCCUGUGGACCAAGUCCUUGAAUACUGAAUAUGUAGGACAGCAAUGAUGACUGUAUAUCGGGUUUCUUACCGUUAUUAAUAUUUUAAAAUAAAUAUGGAAUCAUACAUAUGGCAUAUUUUA